CAGUGUUGUUCUCUGUAAAAGCUACUGAUCUGGCAGGGAGAGCAGACUUUCAUGGCUGAUAAUUAAAAUGAAUGCAGACCAGUCCGUGGCCAAGACAGCAGCCGAGACUGCUAAUGAAAUCAUUUACUAAGUCGGGGCCGAUUUCACAAUCUCAUAAAAGUGGCGGACGAACACAAUGAGUCAGGUCAGCUGUGAACAGGAAAGAAACAUUGGCGCUCCUCCAGCAGUUUCACACAGCAUCCUUCCUAACUCCGCUGAGCCGUCCUCCUGCUCUGCUGCCGGCGACGAGAGGAGCGAACAGUUUGGACAUUUUUGACUCCAAUCCAUCCUCAUUUCAGACAAAAACAGGAGGCUGCAGGCUCUGGGUUUUCCUGGUGAUGACCUCACUGCUGUUUCCUGGCAACGCCCACGCUGCGAUGAAGGACCUCUCCUCCUCCUCCUCCUCUCCUCUCAGCUCCCUGCUCAACUACCCGUCCUCCAAAACUUCCGUUGUGCCGUUUUCCCCAUCUGCUGGCACCGCCUCCUCGCCCGGGUCAUCGCUGUCGUCGGCUCCGCUCUCCAAACCUCAGCCCUUCUGCCUCCAGACGGGGCCGCAUCUCAUCGCCAGCAUGCAGCUGCAGAAGCUCAACUCACACUACCAGCAUCUCGCCGGUGCUUCUGCUGGACACCCAGCACCCGGCGGUACUCAAAGGGGCUUUACUGCCUCGCCUCUGGGCACGGGAAACCAGCUUCUGGGGCCGUCUGGAGGCCUUAGUGGAGGUGGGAUGGGUGUUGGCAUCAGCAUGGGGAACCAAAGCGCCAGUGCCAGUGGAAUUAUCGACUUUGACCCCGUGGACGAGGAGGUUCUCAUGUCACUGGUGGUGGAGCUCGGUUUGGACCGAGCCAACGAGCUGCCCGAGCUCUGGCUGGGUCAGAACGAGUUCGACUUCAUGUCAGAUGUGCCGGCCGGAUGUUGACCUAUGAAAUGAAAAACUAUGCAGUGGAAUUGAUUGACAAAGAGAGAGAAGACUUUCUCCCCUCUGUUUUGUUUUUCUCUUUCCUCCUUUUCUUGGUUGAUAAAAUGAGGAAACCCAACAGACACUGAGUAAUAAAGAGAAAGAGAUUAGAGGCAUACUCCUGUAUCUAGUUUGCUUUCAUACUCUUUGUGUGCAGACAGACGGAUCAAAGAAAAAGACAGCUUGCUUUUGAAUUUUUUGUUUUUUUAAUGGAGUUGUGCUCUCUCAGAAAGAGAGCAAACUGUUUUUCGUUCAGUGCAUUUUUCUGUUCUAGGAUGAAACUAGUGGUUGAAACCAACCUGAUGGGAUUAAGAAGUCUUUUGUUGUGUCUCAUCCUACUCUGAUUUUUAUUUUUCCUUUCAUUUAAAUAAAAAAACAAAGCAUGAGCAGAGUAUGAACAGAAACAAGGAGUCGUAGAAAGAGACUUUGUUGCUCCUCUCCUCUUUCUGCCAUCACUCCAUGAUGCUGGCUUAAUGAAAGGAAGGUGAUUGACACAAGACGGGUUGGAGACGUUUCUAGCCUUUUGGGAACACAACAGUAAAGAUGACAUAGACACACUUCUCUCUUGAUCAACGCUUUAGAAAAAUUUAAAUGGGAAACAUGGCUUUAUGGGAGAUUUGUGAAGGAUGACAAACACUACGUUUCCUGUUUUCUUAAUGGACAAUAUUAGACUCUGGUCUCACGGGAAAGAGAUCCCCGUUUCUCGGCUUCACAAAGAAACUGGUUGUCUGAGAACUGGUUAUCUCAAUGUACUUCUUUUUCUUUCUUUUUGUCUGAAUUAAGUUCAACCAGUCAUUCAUGGAACAUGUUAUUUAAGACAGUGGCUGAUAUCCAUCAAGACUUCUGGACAAGGAGCGCUUCUGUAACGCAUCCAUAAUCGGUUCUACUGAACAUAAUGAAUUAGAUCAAGAGAUGGGGAAUCUUUCGGAGCAUGGGACCUGAAUGGAGUAAAUUGUUUCUUGCUCUGGAGAACAGACUCACUAAAACGACUGAGGCCUUUUGGUCAUGUGAGUCGCCACUACAUGUACAUGUUUUGUUUCUGGCCUACAGUGUAAGAAACACUGACCCAGGUGGUCAAGUCAAACUGGUGUCAAUGAUCCCAGAUAGCACUUCCUCCUACAUUGAGGAUACAAGGUCUUGUCAACAUUUGUGGACACAACCUGAAUGGCAACAGAUAAAUGAAUGUGCCCUCCACCUUUUGUUUUUCCUGUUUUACCACUUUGAUGUUUGUGUCAAAACAGUUCGUUCAGCCCCAACAGACCUUAUUAUCACCAUACUUCCUUGAUCCUGAUAAGGAAGCAUUGUCUGUUUUGUCAUCAUUAGGCCUGGAGGCUACUGUUUGCACACCUUGCAGGGCAGUCUUUGACCUAAACACACACUGUGGUUUGGUUUCAGCAUGUCGAGAGGUUGGUCCACACCAGUGCAGGCUUUAGGAUGGUUGUAAUUGGACCAAAGUGAACUAAACCUUUCAGACGUGAUCUAUUCAUAGAAGCUACUACUGCUUGCAGCUAACAUGUUAGCAUCAUCGACUACCAGCUCCUGUCCAUUCAUACUGCUUUACUGUUUCUUGAAGGCAGAGACAAUAUGGAGAACAUCUUGAAAAGCUAGCAAUGGGCCCUCUGGCAGCCAUAUUGGAGGGCCUCGUGCUCUUGGGCUUCAGCUGAACAGUUAUUUGUUCAACUUGUCCUAGUGAGCAGAAUCAAAAAGACAUUGUUGUUUUGGGUUGUCCACUUGCCACUUACUAGCUAGCUAACAAUCACUAUCUGCUAAAAAUGUGAUUUUGGCUACUGUAACUUGUAGAAACUAGCGCCUGCAUUAGCUCUAUAUAUGGGUAGCUGUUUUCACAUGUUUUCACAUGUGAAAUAUUACAUGUAUUUGAAUUCAUCACUUUGAAAUAGUAGUUUGACAAAACAAUACCAACUCAAGCUCCAUUAGUACCUUUUUCCAAAGCUCUCUCAACUGUGUCAUACGCAUUAAGUUUUAAGCUAACACGGACGAAAGGUCCUAAAAGUGUUGGAUUAUAGCCUACCAUAACAGCUACUGAGCUCGCAUAUCAAAUCCAUCUCAAUAACAACUGAGCAAACUCCCGUCUGCUUCUGAAGAUCAUGUGAUACGGUUGAAGCUCCAGAAAACACUAAACGUAAGUGGACCUUGAGAUGGGAUUGUUUUGUGAAAUGUUUUACAUGUGGAAUUGUUGUUUUUACAUAAAAGUUACACAUGUUUGCGUGAAACAAUGAAACAAGAGAUAAACAUGUGAAGUAUGUUUCACAUGUGACCCAGUUUUAUAUGCCUUAUUUGCAUAUCCUCUAUUGGACCGCCGUGAUCCUGCCAGAUGCUGUUGCCGGGAGAUUUUGGUGUAUUGUCUGUUUCACAAAUGAUCUCACUCUCUAUUGUGAAUGGAAUAUUAACUGUUUUAGUUUAUAGAGUCGACUCUCCAUGUACCAGGUGUUGUUUAUUGGUGCUGCAGACUUUAGUGAUGGAAAAAAUCCUAGGGGGUUCAAUUGACACCCACCCCCUCCCCACCUAUAGGAAGUGCUGUAUCCUGCUGUAGAUGGAUGCAGGUAGCAUGGGGGCUCUGACCUAUAUCUGUUGUGGUAAGAAGAGACGGGGGCUUGAACUGUGCAGCGGGAACAAAGGCCUUUCACCUCAACCUGGUGUGUCUGUCAUCUGGGCAUUGUUGGUCUCCUCUUAGACCACACACACACGCAAUAACACACCUGUAUAUAUACGUACAUGCACGCAAAGACAUGCGACAGCUCACCUGUAUGUGCAUUCACAUCCGUAGACAUACACAAGCUGAAACCAAACUAUGUGCAGGGAUACAAAGGCACCGAAAUAAACCCCAACACACACACACACACACACACACACACAGAGGAGCAUGGGGAUGGUAUUACAGCAGGGAAAUGGGAGUAGCAGCCAUGAAACAGGCACUUGUUCAGUUACACACAGACUUCACAGGGUAUUGGGGUUGUUAGUGUGUGUGUGUGUGUGUGUGAAAAGACAUAGUGAUGUUAGUGAAAAACAGAGAAUGAGAGACUGUACGUGUGAGGGGAAACUAUGAGCAGCAGGUAAUCCGUCCACAUGAAGACCACUGGCGGAGGAAAGACACGCUGAGCCUCGUUAAUUUAUUUAGAUAUAGACAGGUCAGCUUACACACACACACAACUUUAGUUCCUCAACGGUGCACACAUGCGUCUCAAGUCCUAUUUUUCUACACACACACGCUGCCUAAUAACAGUUUUUGAUCUUGAUUAGGGACUCGGUUACAGUCGAAGACCACCGAUUUUCUUUUCUUUUUUAAUGAAAUGUGUGAAGCAGUGAUAAAUGAAACCCCGAUGAAGGAGCAAUUUGACAGAAUCCGUUUUUAAAACGGAUUUGCUGGAUAUUUCCCGCGUAAUGACUACUUUAUUGACAUAGUGUGGAGCGAAAGAAAUAAAGAUGCUUCUCAUCGCUUCCAAAUCCAACAGACAGACACGCUUAUUCUCCUCUUCCUCUGUCUCGUCGUCUAAGUGGGUCAAAAUAACAUUCUUCAGAUCUUGUGUUUGUUUCCAUCUGCUCAACAUUGUUUUAAAGUCCUUUUCUGUGUGUGUGUGUAUGUUGUUUUGUGGUCCGGCCUUAAUCCCAGCUGAGUGAAUGUUAUUUUUUGCUGUGUGAAGCAGAGGCACGUCCACCCCCCACUCUCAUCCCCCAAGAAGUUGCCUGGUCGAGAUGUUUGAAUCGCCUGCGGGCUUUCAUUUCCUCUUCUCCUUGAUGCCCGAUAUUGCAGAUUAAUCCCGGCAGAGACCUUUUGAACUAAAAUUUACCUCACAGCUAUUUGGUUUCUAAUGACAAAAACAAAAUAUUGCUCAUUUUGGUUUCAUUUUGCUUGGAAUACCACAUGGGUGUAUUUUAGCACCAAAUUACCGCAAAAACAGUUCAGUUCAUCACAGUAAACGAUUACAAAUAUGGCAUUUCUCUGAUGGGCAAUUUAACCUGACCACAAUGUUGGUUUUGCAUGUUUUAGUCUAAACUACAACUCCCCUGAACUUAAUACGGAUCAUUUCCCAAAGUAUACCAUACGUUUAUAGACAUUUCCUUUCUUCAGUGCAUCCAUAGGCUUCAAUUUGUUCCAGUACUCCCAUCAAAGUUAUAUUUUUUUAUGCUUAAUCAAAGUCAUAUUUUCAUCAAGUACUAAUGCAGUUAAGAGCUGGGACUAGUCAAUUGGUUGAUCGACAGAAAAUUACUCACCAACAAGUUCGAUGAUGGAUAAAUUAUUUUUGUUUCAAGAACAAAAUGUCAAAAUUGGCUGGUUUCAGCCUCUCAAAUGUGAGGAUUUCCUGCUUCGAUUUGUCUCAUAUGAUAGUAAAUUGAAUAUCUUUGGGUUUUGUUGAUAUGAACGGGGUGGACAAAAUAAUAGAAACACCUGUCAGUAUAAUGCAAUACAAUUCAACAGCACCACAAUACUGCAGCUUCAGUUGAAUCAACACCGUUUCAACAAAGUAUUAGCCUUCAUGAUGGCGGGAUUUAUUGCAGGACUGUUGUGUUAGACUGCAUUAGUUGUAGCUUGGUGUACCUAAUAAACUGGCAAAUGAGUGCUAUGCUUAUUUGCUGUCUCGUUGAGAGUUUGUACGGUAAAUAAGCUACAGCCAGUAUGUAGAUGGUUAGCUUAGCCUAGCACAAAGACUGGAAACAGGUGGAAACCGGAACCCUGGAUCUGUUUAAAUGUAACAAAUCCGUCUAUCAGCACCUCUAAAAGUCACUAAUCAACACAUUAUGUCUUGUUUCUUUAAUCCAUACAGAAACUGAGCUGUAAAAACGGCAAUUUGCCGUAUUACAUUGGGUUUUGGGCAGUUGCAGUUGCCAGGCAACCAGCGGCAACUCCAGGAAGUUGCUGCUCCUGUUUUCACAAUCACAGGAAUUUAAAAAACGUCUUUAUCCAGAUUGACUCCGGUGUGCUUUUGGAUGUUGCGAUGGGUUUUCUUCCCCAGCUCUGUGUCCGUGUAAACCUUCACGGUCUCUACAACUAAUGAAGUGGACUUCCAGUUUCCAUGUGACAGCAGUGAUUUGUUACACACUCGGCCGCUGCCUCUGGGCCUCAGAGUCAUGAAAAAUGUUCCAUCACAUCAAGGCCUGUGAAAACCUUCAACAUAAACAGUGAUAUAUCUGUUAAAAGGUCGCUGUUACAAGGUUUCCUCUCCACAGUAAUGAAAAUGUUCAGCCAUUGCUCUACUGCCAGGUCUGCUUGUGAAACUAAAGUAGACUCUGCACUGAUUUAAUCCUCUUUUUAUCAUCAUAUUUACUUUUAAACCUGUAGAUUAAAGUCUCAUUUUGUGUUUUAUUUUGUUGUUGGUUUUGCGUGCAGUUUCUUUCCUUGUUCUUUUUUUUUUCUAAUGAUGAAAUGAAUAUUAUUCAAAGAUGAUUUUUAAAGCACUUUUGCUCACCGGCUCUCACUUGUACAUCUAUAUGAAUAUGUAAAUGAGAUCAUAUUAAAAAAAAUGCUUGUAUUUUUGUUACGGCUCUGAGUUUGGGGAAAAAUAUAAAGAGUGAAAACUGA